UUACAGGCACGCGCUUCUCCCCUUCUCAGCUUCAGCGCGUCCAAUCAGAAUCGCUUCUGUUGGGCAGUCUGCGCAUGCUCAUACGUCUUGUCUGUUCAUGUGGCUGGUCGCUGGGUUUGUGUGGAGGUCACAGUGAUCAGGAGCCCGGAGCCGUCACUCCGCUGUCAUGGCUAAGUUAUUUGAGUCUAUUGGAAAGUUGGGAUUGGCCUUGGCCGUUGGAGGAGGCGUGGUGAACUCUGCCCUCUUUAAUGUUGACGCUGGUCACAGGGCAGUCAUCUUUGACCGGUUUAGAGGAGUACAGGAUGCCGUGGUUGGGGAGGGAACACAUUUUCUGAUUCCCUGGGUUCAGAAACCCAUCAUUUUUGACUGCAGGUCCCGCCCACGCAAUGUGCCUGUCGUGACUGGAAGCAAAGAUCUACAGAAUGUGAACAUUACACUGAGGAUUCUCUUCAGACCGGUAGCAAAUCAACUGCCUAGGAUUUUCACCAGUAUUGGUGAAGACUAUGAUGAAAGAGUGCUCCCCUCCAUCACCACUGAAGUCCUGAAAGCUGUUGUGGCCAGGUUUGAUGCAGGAGAGCUGAUCACUCAGAGAGAGCUGGUAUCCAGGCAGGUCAGUGAAGAUCUGACUGAGAGAGCGUCCACAUUCGGCCUUAUCCUGGAUGACGUUUCCCUGACUCACCUGACGUUUGGUAAAGAAUUCACAGAGGCUGUUGAAAUGAAACAAGUGGCUCAGCAAGAAGCUGAACGGGCAAGGUUUGUUGUGGAAAAGGCAGAACAGCAGAAGCAGGCAGCCAUCAUCUCUGCGGCUGGCGACUCUCAGGCUGCCCUCUUGAUCGCCGACUCUCUGGCCGUGGCCGGAGAUGGUCUGGUGGAGCUGAGGAAGCUGGAGGCGGCCGAGGACAUUGCCUUCCAGCUCAGCCGCUCGCGCAACGUAACCUACCUGCCCUCAGGACAGGGCACACUGCUGCAGCUGCCUCAGUGAGACGCAUCCAUGUGAACACAGACGCACACACUCACUCACACAUGCACAGCCCUCCUUCCAUGAAAACGUCUGUCUAAAGAGCAGAGCAUGAAGAAACAGGCCGACGUCUGAAGAGGCUAUUUGUAACUCGACCAAGUCUGUUUUUAUAUGUAUUUCUCUGCUCUGUUUCUGGCUCUCUGUGGCUAAAGUUAUGGACUGCCUCCCAAGAGUGUUCCAACCAGUGUGACAGAGCCUGUGUGUUUCUAUGUGGGGAGGGAUCCAAAAGCACUGCAGUCUGUCUGUGUGUGUGUGUGCGUGUGCGUGCGUGUUUGUGUCUGCUGGUGAAAUGUAACGUUAUGUUAUCUGAGUAUGUUUAAUGGUUAAAGUCUGUGGAGUCCACCCCAAAAUUAUAUUUUGAUUGCACUGUGGGGCCUUCUAGAUAUAUAAAUUCUACUACAGUGAACUCAUAAUAAAUUAUAACUGGGCUCAGUUUGGCUCCAUUCGAUUUUACAUACUUUCAAGCCCAUACAAAUAAGGAGUUAUUGACCACCUGACAGAUUGAUCUUAUUCUCUGCCCCUGUUAGCCUGACAAUGUUGCUGUUUUGUUUGUAUUAUUUGUUUUUCAUAUUGUAUUACAGAAGGAGGAGUUAUGGUUUGCCCUUGCAUUCCACAAGUUCACUAAUUGAUAAACUAAUAAUUAUCAAUAAACCAUUUCUGGUUAAAAGGAAUAAA